CCAGCGAAGAUUGCGGAAUGCCGGAUGAAAUCUUGAGCAGCAGAAUCUGCUCAGUGUAGCUGACGAAACAAUGAUGCUCUGGCCUGUAGUGCAGAUUGCAGGCUGUAGAGUCUAGGCGCAGAAAGAUCCGAAGAAGGGCGUUCUGAAAGAGAUCCUGCAGAAGUACUGCAGUAAAGAUCAAGCUAGAACUUAAAAGGAAAUCUGACAGAAGGUCAGAGGAAGAGGUCCAACGGAAACGAGCAGCAAGGCGAAGUAUUGGAGUAGAUCCAUUGACUAGGAAGCUCAGCUUUUAGUUUUGUAGCUUGCCUAGGGAGGAGAGGUGCAUCUGAGCUUUGGAAAAGAUGUCGUCAGCUUUCUAGGCUCAGCGCAGCCGUGAUCUGCAGCUCAAUCGAGGUGCAUUUGCCGCCCUCUCCAUAGCGUAUGUGAGACAUCCUUUACAAGAAAACUUAAAAUGCACAAGUUGGAGUAGAAGCAGUCACAUUGGGUUACCACCAAGAAUAAAACCAGGCCCUGUGCGCGCAGAAGCUGCCAUGGUCGACAUGGAGGCAGGCAAGACGGUGAUUGUUGCGCUGAAGAGCAGCACAAGUGCCGAGUGCCGAGAGGCCUUGCAAUGGGCGAUCAACUUCUUUGUGAAAGCCGGUGUGGAUCAAGUCAUUCUGGCGCACAUUGUGAAGAUUCCAGACCUGAUCCCAACUCCUAAGGGACCAAUGCCGCUGGCGUGGGCAGAGGAUCAAUGCCAGGCUGACUACAUUCAGGAGGAGGGGAGGAAGGCGGCAAUCUUUCUUGAGGAGUACCAAGCGGUCUGCAAGCAACAGAGCGUAAAAGCCUCCAUCACGAUCCGUUGCGGCACCGACCGCGAACCAGUCAUGCUCGAGAUUGUCGAAGAGGUCGGGGCCACGCACCUCGUCAUGGGGACCGGCGGAAGGACUGGGUUCUCUUUCCGGAAGAAGGGCCUGACGGCGCGAGUGGCUAAGAAAGCCCGUUGCAGCGUGUUUCUGGUCAACAGCAGGGGCGAAUUGUUGACCUCUCAGUUCUAUGACGGGAAGAGGGGCGUGGCGGGGUCAGGAGCAAAACGUGGACUCGGAAAAGACAUGCCGGGCCAAAGCGCGGCUUUCCUGCCUCCGAUCAUACCUCCCUCGACAGUGUCCCACGACUCGCGCCCGUCCACCCCCGCAAACGAGUCCCCCCGCUCAGUGGUCAGCUCGAGCGCCUUAUCUGUUAGCAGCAAGCCCGGGCCGUUUCCUCAGGGAUCCCCCUCUCAACCGGUAAUGCUGCAGUCCCGAACCGGCACUCCUGACUCGGUAACCGCGACGGAGGCUUGGGUUAACCGCCAGGGUCAGCGGGUGCCCGGAUCUGUACCCGAGCAUAGCGAGUAUGUCGAGGGGGAAACCAUGGGUCGGGAAGAGGACGUGCGGGGCAGUGACGAGCUGGCGGAUGUGCUGAGGAAGCUGCAGCUAUCGGAAGCGGCAACAGCCAGGCUCCAAGCCCAGCAGGCGAACUAUGAGCGGCAGCUGCGCGAGGUGGAGGCCAGCCUGGCGAAGGAGGCGGCCGAGAAGGAACGCCAAGAAAAGGAACUGAUCAAGCGGCGAAAGCCUCAGUCGCAGUGCCGCGUGUAUUCGUUCCGAGAACUAGAGGCGGCCACCGAUGACUUCAGCCCGGCAAAGCUGCUUGGAGAGGGUGGGUUCGGGAAGGUCUACCUAGGCAGGCUGGAGCACAGGUCGGCUGCUAUCAAGGUCCUAAACCCCGAGGGUUUGCAGGGUCCCGACGAGUUCCAGCGCGAGGUGGAGAUCCUGAGUGGCCUGCGCCACCCGCACAUUGUGAUGCUCAUGGGCUGCUGCCCCGAGCGCGGCUGCCUCGUCUACGAGUACUGCGCCAACGGGUCGCUCGAGGACCGCCUCGCCAGAAGGGACCACUCCGCAUCGCUGGAUUACAUGAGCAGGAUCAGGAUCGCCUUUGAGGUCGCGAUUGCACUGCGCGCCAUGCAUACUUCUCGUCCCAUGAUCAUCCACAAAGACCUCAAGCCGUCCAAUAUUCUGCUCGACCAGCAUCUCACCGCCAAGCUGGGUGACGUCGGCAUGGCAAGAGUGGCGCCCGAACUUGCGACUACAGUACUCUCGCGUGCGGCGCAAGGUUCCAGCGGGAACUUGCAGACGUUGAUGUUUGACACGCGCCCUCAGGGGACGCUCCUUUACAUGGACCCAGAAUACUUGCAGCAGGGCACGUUCAACCAGAAGAGCGACGUUUACGCGUUCGGCAUAUGCCUCCUCCAGCUGCUCACCAACCGGCCCCCGCAGCAGAUCGUGGGCGCCGUCGAAGACGCUCUCAACCAAGGGCGCGUCAUGGCGCUGGUCGAUCGGACGGCGGGGAGCUGGCCGGAAGAGGUGGCGACUAAGGUCGCCAAGCUGGGCCUCAGAUGCGCCACGAUGCUGCGCCGGGAUCGGGCGGAUCUGGCGAAGGAGGUCCUGCCCGAACUAGAGGCGGUAUGUACCGCGGCCCUGGAGGCCGCCUCCCGGGAGGCUAGCCGGGGGCUCUACGGGGCGGUGAACGGGGGGGAGGACGCUCUGUCCAGCGUUUCCUCGUAGCCUAACAGACAGGACAUUAGGAGAGCCUGGUCACCCUUGCAGACGACAAGACUGACGAGCGGUCAACUGUCGGCGGGCGCAGGAAGGGGGAGUCAAGAAAGAGGGGAGGAGAGACUAAAGCACAACGCGAGUGCGAGCGCGCGCUGCAAAUUCCCGUCAAGAACUUGGGGCUCGCAUCCAUUGUUAUUCUUUUUACUACGGUGAUUAUUGAGAAGGAGCGGAAUCCAGGGCACUGACAAAGAGGGGACAAAGCGGCUAGCCGGAUAGCGGCGGAGGUACGGUGAGGAUUUGGAGAGGUUGUGGUCUCGGCUCCAGGCUGCUGUGGAGGGCCUGGAGCCCACGAGCAGUGCCAUAACAGGUCGAAAGAUAAUAGGAGCACCAAUCCCAAAGGUGGUAGCUUGUUGAUCUGUAGCCUUCCGUGAGAAGUCUUGAGACUUACGAAACAUGACGCGGCCGGCCUUUUAUAACGGCAGCUGGAUACAAGUGGUAAGGGAUAAAGAAGCAGGAUGCGUCUUCGUCGGGAUCCAGUGGCAUCAAACAGUCAACUUAAUUUCUGUCUCUGUAUACCUAUAGGUAGAAUUUUGUAUAAGACCUUCAAAUGCCUUUGUUAUGCGGGUAGAACAGUCAGCGGGAUGUGCUCCCUGGCUGCAAAGCCUGCAUUUGAAGACUGGCCAACUUGAAGGCCCGGAUCAUGUAACCCUGCGAGACCAAUAGAGAGUACGAGUCAUGCUUCGACGGAAACAGCCCGACUUCUUGACAAGAUCCAUUGAAGGGAUAGAAUUAAGAGCGUGCACUUUGGAGAUCGAUGCAGAAGCAACACGUCUGAAAUUUUCAUCAAGGGGCGGAAUCAUCCGCGUGCGGAG